AUGGAAUCCGGUUCAGUGCAAGACAGAUCAGCCACCCUGAUCGGUGUUGUUGUGAUGCUGCUGGUCAUCACGACGGUGGUUGUUGUACUCCGCUUGUGGACUCGAUAUGUCAUCCUCAAUCAGCUCGGAGCAGACGACUUUCUCGCUCUCAUUUCUCUGUUGGUGGUUAUUGGCUGCGGAAUAGCCAUAAUUCUAGAAACCCGCUAUGGCCUCGGAAAACAUGUUUCUCCAGACAUUCUCAAGACCGCCUCCCUCUAUUUGAAGAACUUUUACGUCGCCGUGGUGCUCUACGCGGCUUCCCUCUUAUUCAUCAAGUUGACUUUUCUCCUCCAUUACUACCGACUCCUAGCUAUUCAGGGAAUGAAGAAGGUCUACCAGGCUGCCAUCGCCAUUGUCGGCAGCUGGGCCCUGUCCCAGGUUCUUCUUGGCAUAUUCGUAUGCCGUCCGAUCCACGGGUUCUGGGACAAGACGGUGGACGCGAAAUGCAUCCCGAAUCAGCCACAAUGGUACAUCAACGCGGCCGGAAACAUCGUGACGGACGUCAUGGUGUUUUUGUUACCGAUACCCGCCAUUAGAAGCCUGAGACUACCUCGGACUCAAAAGUUCAUCCUCGCUGGCAUCUUCAGUCUAGGCUUCUUCACAGUGAUUCUCUCCGCCAUUCGCAUAGAGUACCUCCAAGACUUUGAGGACUUUACGUGGAAACACGUAGAGUCGAACUUGUGGUCGAUGGCUGAGCUUACAUCGGCCCUAAUUUGUGCCUGUCUCCCAACACUACGGCCCUUCGUCGUCCGUUACUUCCCAGGUCUAGCCUCCAAGUUUACAAGAUCUAGUGGUGGUUAUAGGGGAGGCCAUGGGAGCAGAAUUCAUUCUACUCCAGGGAAGUCAUCCAAGUCUACAGGUCGUGGUGCAGACCGGCUAUUUAACGAUAACAAUGCAACUUUCGAGAUGCAGCGGCAGUAUAGCAGCGACGGGAUUGGUUAUAGUAGACACCGGUCAGAUGAAGACUUGGUGGCUAUGUGGCCGGCUGAUGUUAUCAACGCUGCAGCUGUUGAGCCAGGUUCAGUCCGAAAUGUGCCUAUUCGAGGCAUCAAGGUCAAGACCGAGACCUUUCAGACCGUUGCAAAGAUAGACCGGGAGAGGAGCCUCUAA